AUGAUCAUUCUGGAUUUCUUUUUAACAGCAACAGCAAAAGUACAAGCAAAGCAACAACAACAACAACAACAACAACAACAACAACAACAACAGCAACAACAGCAACAACAACAACAGCAAAAGCAAAAGCAAAAGCAGCACCAGCCGCCCAGGAUAUUCUCACAAAGCGCAUAA